ACAUUCUCGCGAAUAAGUACGAGACCUCGCAGACGACAGUGGCUGCGACAGGAAGAGAAUAGGACUUACACCCCUUUCUCCCUUAUGCUGUUUACAAUAACGCGAUGGACGAACUAGCAGAGUUAAAGUAUGACAUCGACCGAAAGCUUGAUAAGGAAGCAAAUAAUCUUGCAAUGCUAAAAGACUGUUUAAGUCGAUGCAGUGCAAAUUCUCAGAAUAUGUUGGGCAUACUAACAAGUUUUGAGAGCAGGCUUCAGCGACUUGAAAGCACGAUUGUUCCUGUCUAUAAUGAGACUGAAAAUCUUCGAAGACGCCAAGAAAAUAUUGAAAAAACUAUGCAUAGUCUUGACACUGUGCUAAGCCAUUAUCAUGCAGCUAAAGAUGUUGAGGCAACAAUCAAAGAAGGGCCAGCUGCCUGUGACCUUGAUACAUAUCUGGCAUGCAUGGAGAAAGUGUUAAAGGCGCAGAAGUACUUUCAGGCACAGACAGGUGGCAAAAAGGAGCUAGAAAUUAUUAGUCACAUUUUUAUAGAUGGUAUACAGGCACUGCAGCAUGAAUUUCGCUCUUUGCUGAACCGUCAUGGACAUCCAGUUCCACCUGUUGUUAUUGUUGACUUGCUGUCAGCAGAUGAAGAUCUGCCACCAGUUGGAACUGACAGGGAUGUUGGAUUAGAACAACUUCCAGAAAAGGUGGUUACAGAUCUGAUAACUAUUUCACAGUGGCUGGUGGAACAAGGUCAAUCACUUGAUCAUCUCAAGUCAUAUGGACAGGCUCGUGCCAACAUACUUGCACGCUCUUUACAAGGGUUGAAAGAGCACCUGCGCUCUUCAAGUGGCACUUCAUCACAGCUUUCUUUUAUCAGUCAGAAUUCUCCAUCCAUUGGAGGGAAAUUUCGGGGGUCAAAGGAUGCACCUUCAAGAAAAAGUAUGAUGCGGCUUGUCAAUAACUUUACAAAAAAGGCAUCUAGUGCCCUGAAUAAAUCAACUUUUGAACCAGGGCACAGGCGUCAAGGGUCAGCAGCAAAUGACAGCACACGAGACGAUUCAGCAGACUUAGAAGCAGACUUGUACAUCAGUGAACUCAGUGCACUACUCAGACUCAUGCAGAGUGAGCUGCACCUGAUGAAGGGCAUAGUGCCUCAGAAGAACAAGAGAAAUGUUUUUGAUACUGUCAUACAGCAAGCCCUUGACACUGUAGUAUCUGAAGGCGAGAUGAUUGCAACAGCAACCCGAAAGAGUAUGCAGCGCCAUGAAUACUCUGCAGUUCUGUCUAUUUUCCCUAUCGUUCGUCACCUGAGAUCCAUCAAGCCAGAAUUUGAUUUAAUAUUAGAGGGCUGUCAAGCACCUACAAGAUUAAAACUUGCUUCUUUGUUAUCGACUCUUGAUAGCACGGGUGCCAAGGCACUAGAAGAAUUCACAGACAGCAUAAGAAAUGAUCCGGAUAAAGCUUCAAACAUGCCUAAAGAUGGAACAGUUCAUGAGUUAACAAAUCAUACUAUAAUAUUCUUGGAGCAAUUAACAGAGUAUGCAGAAACUGCAGGAGCAAUGUUGCUGAUGCAUGGUGAGCAAGCUACUCCAUCGGCGAUGAUAACACCAGAAACAUGCAAAAUGAAAGUUGCAGACUACAUGACUCGAGUGUUGUCAGCACUGGGUUUGAAUUUGAGUAACAAAUCAGAAACAUACAGUGAGCCAGGCCUGCGCCCAAUCUUCAUGCUGAAUAACUUCAAUUACAUCAUCAAAUCUUUGCGUAAGACAGGGCUAUUAGACUUGCUGCUGCUGUGGAACAAAGAGGUAGCUUUAUACUAUGAAGAGCAAAUAAGGGAGCAGAAGAGGAUUUACUCACAGAGCUGGAGUAAGGUGUUGCACUAUAUACUGGAGAUGGACAAACCCAUGUCAUUACAGAGAGCACAGAACAUAGAUUCUACAGUUAAACUGAAAGAUAAAGAAAGGCAGAACAUAAAGGACAAGUUUACUGGCUUUAACAAAGAAUUGGAAGAGAUCCACCGCAUACAGAAAGCCUAUGCUAUUCCUGACCCUGAACUGCGUCAACAGCUUAUUAAGGAAAACAAAGAGUACAUGGUGCCAAGAUAUCAGAUGUUUUACACAAAAUACAGUGUCCUCAGCUUUACAAAAAACAGAGCAAAAUAUGUGAAGUUUGAUGUCCAGGCUGUGGGCAAGCUCUUGGAAAGUUUCUUUGAUGCUUCGGCCUAAAUUGUUCAGGAGCCCAGAGUUGAGGCAGUUGUUGGUACCAUGUCAGACCUUGGUACAGAUCUGUGAAGUGUGUCUGCAAGAGUUUGCCUUGUUUUUGUUGUAAAGUGACAGCCUACAUUUGUUAAAAUAUAUUUGUGAUCAGCUUUCCUGCAUAAAGGAAACUCGUAUGUGUCCUCUAAUUGUGUGACAGAAAUUGUACAUUGGAUAUCUUCCUCGAGAUAAUGAUAAAUAAAUGAAUGUGUAAAGUGCAUGUGGAUGCAAGCUCGUUGUGCUGCACACACAAGACUACAAACAAACCGGCAGUCAACCAAACAAGAACCAUAAGCAUCAACAGUCGAAUGACACCAUGCAGACAUGAAAUAAGUGCACGAAUGAAGAUGAAGAACUGAGGAGUGAGCAGAAAACUUGUUCAUAAAAAUGUGUUGGAUUCAGUGGCAUAUGUCCAGUUUGGUGUAAAUAUUUGUUGCACUAGAAAGUUGAAAUUCUCCUUUUUAAUGGAAACUUAUCUGAGGAUUUCCAUUUGUAAACUAGAAAAUGCUGCACGCUUCCUGUUUCACAUAACACAAAGCUUUAUAAUAUGUAUGUUUUCUAAACUGAUCUGAUACGGGAUUGCAUUCUAGAUAUCACGCCAGUGUCACUGAAUAAAGCUUACAUCUAGUGAGGACAAAUUAAAUGCUUCAGUGUUAUUUGAGGCUGGUAGAUAUUUUCAAAUAAUACAAAAACAUCAGGUUUUCUAGAGAUAUUACAUGCUAAUUUAUAUGUGCAAUAUUCUGUCUACCAAAUAUACAUUAAAAAAAUAUAACUUA